AAGGUGGACCAAGAAAUCGCUGUUCAUACAACAGAGUGUUUUCAGCUAGUCUGAGAAAUGUUUUUGUUUAUUUUUAUUUAUGAAAACUAUUGUAUAACUGUUUAAAUAUGAAACCAUUAAUUGAUUGCAACGCCCACUGGGAGGGGCCUAGUUGGUUUAUAAGGAUGUGGAAAUGUUUGGGGUGGGGCUGUGAAAAACUGUGAAGCUGUGAAGUGCUUACUGAAGCAACCCUUGUGAGCAACAGAUGUGCUCAUUUCCUUUAAUAAAAGGUAAAAGUUUAUCCUUGGCGCCUCUGCAACCUUUGUUGCUGCUGCAUUCUGGUUUCUGGACAUUUUUUCUGAGGACACCCAAGACAUACUUGUUGUCAGAAGUGGGAUACGCAGAUGGCCAGCCACAAAAAGGUUAAAUGCAAGGGUCUUCGUUCAUACAAGGAUGAGAUGGAGCCAACUUCUGAUGUGGGCCCACCGUCAUCAUCUUCAUCGUCGGAGGAGGAAGGGGAGCCUGGUGCCUGUCCUGACCCAAUGGCUCCAAGCCCAGAAGCUGACCAGGUAGCCAUGAUGAGGGACUUCCUUCAUGGACAGCAGAAGCGGGAAGACAGCCUCAUUGCUGCACUUCAAGGUCUGAGAGCUUCUAUGGUCAAACCAGAGCACCAUCCCAGUCGGCGGCGGAAAGCUACUCCUGAUGUCGCUGGACCAAGCUCCGCCACAGCCGGCAGCCCAAGAAUGGAACUGCCAACCCCAGCUGCAUCGUCUCGUCACCAGCGUCCAGUAGAGCCUGAGGAGGACGACAGCUGGUCUGACCACUCUCGGGGCAGAUCCAGUCAACACCCGCCUGAUUGGAGGCCCUACAUGGAACCAAAGAUCCCUGCAUAUCAAGCAGGUGAGGACAUUGAAAAUUACCUGCUUCGCUUUGAGCGAAUGGCCAAAACCUGGAGAUGGCCAGAGACUGAGUGGGCGUGUCGCCUGGUUCCACUGCUGUCUGGGAAAGCACUGGAGGCCUACACCGCAAUAGACGAGCAGCAAGCCCACUGCUACAAGUACCUGAAAGACGCACUCCUGUUGAAGUUUGACAUCUCGCCAGAGACGUAUCGCCAGCAGUUCCGGUCUGUGAGUGUUCCAGCCGGGGAGAAUCCAACUGAGACGUACCACCGACUGAAGGGCCUCUACCGACGUUGGAUCCGUCCGGAGCAACACACCAAGGAGCAGAUCGGGGAGAUCGUCAUCCUGGAGCAGCUGCUGAGGGUACUUCCACCAGAUGUGAGGACGUGGGUGAAGGAGCACGAACCGGAGGACGGCCUCACUGCUGCCCGGCUCGCGCUGCAGUACUUCAACGCCCGACGAGGGACGUCGUUCACCAGGCCCUCUGGUGGGGGUCAGCGUCGUUCAAUCCAAGCCGGCCCACCGGGUCCCAUAUGGAGAGACUUCAACCAGUCACCUCAAGGUACCAACCCAGCCCCUAGUCAGCGAAUGGCCGGUAAGGACCUUGUGUGCUUCUAUUGCCAGCAGCCUGGUCACAAAGCGUCUGUAUGCCCAGUUCGCAAGGCUAAAUUCACAGGUGCUUGCUAUGCACCUAGAUUAGAGACUGACUUGAGUACAGGGUCUGCCAUCACUGAUGAGAACACUGUGCAGCCUCUCAACACCUGUGCUUACCAGCGCACAGGCCAAAGCCGGGGUCCAAGGUCUUCCACCUGUUGA